GGAGCCCUGAAGUGCAGGGCGCUAACCGCAGUAGGCAGAAAGGGGUCAGACGAGCCUUGAAGAAAAAAUGCCGGGCAAACGGUCAGAAGACGGGCAGAUGGAAGUGGCAGCUGUGGAGGAUGGAGGUGACCAAGGCCUGGGGGGGCUCACGGUAGAGGAGCUGCAGCAAGGCCAGGAGACUGCUCUGGCCUUGGAGGACAUGAUGGCUCUGAGUGCCCAGACCCUGGUCCGCACUGAGGUGGAGGAACUGUACGAGGAAGUGCGUCCCUUGGGCCAGGGCCGCUUCGGCCGCGUCCUGCUGGUUACUCACCGUCAGAAAGGAACACCCCUGGCACUGAAGCAACUCCCCAAGACCUCUACUUCCCUCCGUAGCUUCCUGUAUGAGUUCUGUGUGGGCCUCUCUCUUGGCACACAUCCGGCCAUCGUGGCCGCCUAUGGCAUUGGCAUCGAGUCAGCCGGUUCCUACAGCUUUUUGACAGAGCCUGUCCUCCACGGGGACCUCAUCACCUUCAUCCAGCCCAAGGUGGGUCUUCCCCAGCCAGCAGCCCAGCGCUGUGCGGCCCAGCUGGCCUCGGCUCUGGAACACAUUCAUUCCCACGGCCUGGUGUACCGGGACUUGAAGCCAGAGAACGUGCUGGUGUGUGACUCAGACUGCCAUCGCAUCAAGCUGACGGACUUUGGCCACACCAGGCCCCGAGGGACCCUGCUCCGACUCACUGGGCCACCUAUACCCUAUACUGCCCCUGAGCUGUGUGCUCCACCACCCUUUCCCGAGGGGCUACCCAUCCAACCUGCCCUGGAUGCCUGGGCUCUGGGAGUCCUGAUCUUCUGCCUUCUUACCGGCUACUUCCCCUGGGACCAGCCCCUGGUGGAGGCGGACCCUUUCUUUGAGGACUUUCUCAUCUGGCAGGCCUCUGGCCAGCCCCAAGACAGGCCACAACCCUGGUAUGGCCUGUCACCUGUGGCAGACACUCUCCUGUGGGGACUGCUAGACCCUCACCCCAGGAAGAGGAACCCUGUGAGCUCCAUCAAGGGUUACCUAGGCCAACCCUGGAGGCAGAGGGAGGGGGAGGCUGAGGAACUGGCGAAGGGACUGAGGGAAGAUGGGUAGUGAGGCCUCGAGGCUGCCAAGGGGGAGCAGCGAGCAUGCGGAGACCUGCUUAGCCUGUGAUGCCUGGCUGUGGCCUCCCCUCAGCUGUCGGCGUCUCCUACCUGUCCUGUGUGUAGUCUGUGUUCCUCCUCUAUGCUCUGCACGCAUGCGUGUGCACACACACGUGCGUGUUGUGUGAAGGUCGGAGAACUUUUGGGAGUCAGUUCUCUCUUUCCACCUUGGGGCCCAGCAAGGGAACUGAGAUCUUCUCAGUCUUCAAGACCUCACUUUACCUACGGGAGUCGCCUUGCCAUCUCUGGUCUUGAAUCUGGAUCCUCUUACCUCAGAAUCCUGAGUCCUGGGAUAACAGGCAUGCACCGUGCUCAGCUCUCCUGCAUGGCUGUGCCCCAUCCCGCCUACCUCAGGUAGCCUCCCCCACAAGCCCCAGGUAAGACGGCCACCAGUCCUGGACUUCACGAUCCCAGGCCCCACCUCUACUAUGUGUUCCUGGUGUGCGCUGUACCCCUUCUGACCGUAUGGGGUGGGUCUUGGCUCCUGAAGAACGGCCCUACAUCCUCAGAGUAGUGCCGGGCCUGCAGCAAGCAGCCAAGUAAAUGAACACAUCUGUUCACCAGAGCUUCCCACCGGGGCCCCUCCCACUCUCCACUGCUGUCUGCCCGGCUCUGAUGUUCCAUCUUCCCUCGUGGGGCUUCACGCCACUCGAAACCACUCCAGCUUUUUUCUCCCGCCCACCUGCAUGGCAGGACGCUCGCCCCGCCCCCAGCUUACCA